AUGACAGAUGAUCGAAGUCGUGAUGUUAUGUGCGCAUACUGCCGCAGGAAGAGAGAACUCGGAGAGAAGCGUAGUGAGGCCCGCAUACCCUUCGCAGCGGCAGUCGUAUCAGGUGCUGGAAAUGGAGACAAGUACGAAAAUGCUGAAAAAGCCAUCGAGGUGGUGGCGAGAAAUGAACUCAAUGGAUUGAUAUCAGUAUCCGUACUUUUCGAGGAGUAUGGAGAUAACAUAAGAAUCAGAGAAGGGACGCUUAAAGCGGCGGCAGGGAAUGAGCAGAGUGGGAGAGCCGUGCACAGCUCGUCAUUAGCUGUGGUUAGACCGAAGAACUUAUUAUAA